CCGUGCACUUCUACAAGCUCCUCUGGAAUCUUCUCUGCUGUCUUUCCAGAGGUCAGGGUGCCCCUGGAUGUUUGGACUUGGAAAGGGAAAAACUAGAAAGUGAGCUGAAUAAAUGAGUGAAUGAAUGCCUUUGUUGAAUGAAGAAUUUUGCUUCCGCCGUAAAGGAUGUUGAAUGGACAAAUGACUGCUGAACAAAUGAAUGUUUGUUAAAUGACUUGUGGAAUGACUGAAUCAAGGAAUGAAUAAAUGCAUGUUGAAUGACUGAAUGGGGUCCCUGGUAAGUUCCCAGAGAGAAGGCUGAGCCCCCUCCCUCCAUUCUCCUUCCCAGGAGCCCUGGCUGUGGCCAGUGGGCAGUGGGCCAUGCCGGGGGCAGUGGAAGCCCCCAGCUGGAAGCAGGCGGAGGACAUUAGGGACAUUUACGACUUCCGUGAUGUUCUGGGCACGGGUGCCUUCUCAGAGGUAAUCCUGGCAGAAGAUAAGAGGACUCAGAAGCUGGUGGCCAUCAAAUGCAUUGCCAAGAAGGCCCUGGAGGGCAAGGAGGGCAGCAUGGAGAAUGAGAUCGCUGUCUUGCACAAGAUCAAGCACCCCAACAUCGUAGCCCUGGAUGACAUUUAUGAGAGUGGGGGCCACCUCUACCUCAUCAUGCAGCUGGUGUCGGGCGGGGAGCUGUUUGACCGCAUCGUGGAGAAAGGCUUUUACACAGAGCGGGACGCCAGCCGCCUCAUCUUCCAGGUGCUGGAUGCCGUCAAAUACCUGCAUGACCUGGGCAUCGUUCACCGGGAUCUCAAGCCAGAGAAUCUGCUGUACUACAGCCUGGAUGAAGACUCCAAGAUCAUGAUCUCCGACUUUGGCCUCUCCAAGAUGGAAGACCCAGGCAGCGUGCUCUCCACUGCCUGCGGGACCCCAGGAUACGUGGCCCCUGAGGUCCUAGCCCAGAAGCCCUACAGCAAGGCUGUGGAUUGCUGGUCCAUUGGGGUCAUCUCCUACAUCCUGCUCUGCGGUUACCCCCCCUUCUAUGACGAGAAUGAUGCCAAACUCUUUGAACAGAUUUUGAAGGCCGAGUAUGAGUUUGACUCUCCUUACUGGGACGACAUCUCUGAUUCUGCCAAAGAUUUCAUCCGGCACUUGAUGGAGAAGGAUCCAGAGAAGAGGUUCACCUGUGAGCAGGCCUUGCAGCACCCAUGGAUUGCAGGGGAUACAGCUCUAGAUAAGAAUAUCCACCAGUCGGUGAGCGAGCAGAUCAAGAAGAACUUUGCCAAGAGCAAGUGGAAGCAAGCCUUCAAUGCCACAGCUGUGGUGCGGCACAUGAGGAAGCUGCACUUGGGCACCAGCCAGGAGGGGCAGGGACAGAUGGCGAGCCAUGGGGAGCUUCUGGCACCGGCAGUUGGGGGGCCAGCGGCUGGCUGCUGCUGUCGAGACUGCUGUGUGGAGCCUGGUCCAGAACUUUCCCCCACGCUGCCCCACCAGCUCUAG